CCCACCUUUCCCCUUAUUUUAUUUAUAUUUUCUUUUUCUUUCCCCUUCUUGUUAUCUAAUCUUCCGCAGCCUACACAAAAUUCAGCCGAGAACUCCAAAACCUUCAAAAACCCAUAAACUAAAAAUUGGAAAAACUAGUAAAUAAAAAUUCAAAACAAUUAUGGAGAUCUCAUCUUUUACUCUGUCCACUCCAAGAUCCCCACCUUCGCUCCCUGUCUCAUCAUCCCAAUCCACGUUCUUGACCAACAAUGCCACUACCUUUUUAUUCCCCAACAAAAACAAGGUCAAUAGCGGUGCUUUGGUUCUGGGCAGGACCAGAACCAGAACAAGAACUGAAAGAGUCAAGAAGGGUCUCACUUGUAACGCGUUGUUUGGUCUUGGGAUGCCGGAGCUUGUUGUUAUAGCUGGGGUGGCAGCUUUGGUUUUUGGACCCAAGAAGUUACCUGAAGUGGGCAAGAGUAUUGGGAAGACUGUCAAGAGCUUCCAACAGGCAGCAAAGGAGUUUGAGACAGAGCUUAAAAAAGAACCUGAGGCACUCACAGAGACACCUACAGCUGUGAGUGAAGAAGAAAAACAAGAAGUCAAGGUCUCAAGCUCACAGGAAAACGCAUAAAGGUUGUAGUGAUCCCUCAGUCGACGCAUUCUCUAUUUUUUGUUGUGCUGUAAGUUUAGGACAAGAUUACGAUUUAAUACAGAUCAUUAUGUGGAAUAUUUUCCUCUGGAACUGUAUGUUUACCACUGUCACCGAUAAUCUAUUAAGAAUUUGCUAAGUUAGAUCAGCAAAAGCUGCUUUCUUUUGUUAAGGA